UCUCUGUCUUCCAGCCUCUCAUUCAAUCACAUACAGUAUACCCGCUCAGGUUGUGACAGCUUUGUCCAUCAGGCAGAGAUGCCAGCUGAGGGAUUCGUGAUUGUAGCUGUGAUUUGCGCUCUGAUGGCGCAAAACUGCCGUGGAGAACUUGUGGCUCACGUGCAGGACUUUAAUCCCGUGCCCGAAUCCUCCUUGCUUAAACCUAAAGUCAUGAUCGCGAUUUUGGCUCGGAACUCGGCGCACAGCCUGCCGUACUACUUGGGCUGCAUCGACCGCCUGGACUACCCGAAGGACCGGAUUGCGAUAUGGGCUGCAACGGACCAUAAUGUGGACAACACCACAGCCAUCCUGAGAGAAUGGCUGAAGAACAGGCAGAGCAGAUAUCAUUACGUGGAGUGGAGACCCAUGGAUGAGCCACGGUCAUACACAGAUGAGUGGGGGCCGAAACACUGGUCUCCGUCUCGUUUCAAUCAUCUAAUGAAGCUCAGGCAGGCGGCACUGAAGACUGCACGUGAACGCUGGGCUGAUUAUAUCCUGUUUGUUGACAGUGAUAACCUCCUGACCAACCCACGGGUGCUGGAUCUCAUGAUGGCAGAGAAUUUCACACUGGUGGCACCUAUGCUGGAUUCCCGGUCCCUCUACUCAAACUUCUGGUGUGGCAUCACACCUCAGGGUUAUUACAAGCGAACCCCAGACUACCAGCCUAUCCGUGAGUGGAAGCGUUUGGGCUGUUUCUCAGUUCCCAUGGUGCACUCCACCUUCCUGAUGGAUCUGAGACGUAGCGCCACGCUGGACAUGGCCUUCUACCCACCUCACCCAGACUACAGCUGGGCGUUUGAUGACAUCAUGGUCUUUGCAUUCUCCGCGCGACAAUCUGGUGUACAGAUGUACGUGUGUAACAGAGAACAUUACGGUUUUCUGCCUGUACCUCUGAAGGCCCAGCAAAGUGUUGAAGAUGAGAAGGAGAGUUUCAUACACACCAUCACUGAGGCCAUGAUCGAUCAUAACAUAAAACCCUCCGAGUUCCUCUUCACUCCACCCAAACCCCAGGACAAGAUGGGCUUUGAUGAGAUCUUUCUGAUUAAUCUGAAGCGGAGGUCGGACCGGAGGGAACGGAUGUUGAACACAAUGGCGGUGCUGGGUAUUGAGGCUACGCUGGUUGAUGCUGUAGAUGGGAAGUCACUGAAUACAUCUCAGCUUCAGGCUCUUGGUAUAGAGAUGAUCCCGGAAUAUAAAGAUCCGUACUCCGGUAGGGUUCUGACACGCGGAGAGAUUGGCUGCUUCCUCAGCCACCACUUCACUUGGAUACAGGUGGUGGAGAGGGGUCUGCGACAUGUGCUGGUGUUGGAGGAUGACGUGAGGUUUGAGCCUCGGUUUAAGAGGAGGUUACAGACCGUCAUGGAGGAUGUUGAAAAAGCUCAGCUGAACUGGGACCUCAUAUAUGUGGGCCGUAAGCGGAUGCAAGUGGCUCAGCCGGAGGUGUCUGUAGAGGGUGUGAAUAACUUGGUGAAGGCCGAUUACUCAUACUGGACUCUAGGUUACGCUCUUUCACAGCAGGGGGCCAAGAAACUCCUCGCUGCUCAGCCACUUGGCAAGAUGCUCCCUGUAGACGAGUUUCUGCCAGUCAUGUUCAACAAACACCCUAAUGAGGCAUACAUGUCUCACUUUGAUCCCAGGGAUCUUCGUGCUUUCUCUGUUGAGCCAUUGCUGUUGUACCCAACACACUAUACGGGCGAGCCGGGUUACUUCAGCGACACUGAGACGUCCACUAUUUGGGAUGACGAUGCUGUCAACACAGACUGGGACAGACAGUAUGCCCAAAAAACUGCCCAGCAGGCACAAAUUCGCUCCGUCGCCCAGAACAGUGUCACCGGGGACACACCACCGCCUGCAUCCCGAGCCUCGCGAGACGAACUCUGAGUUCUCUAUGUGUUCUCGAACUACACAACUGAAUGGCAAAACACACUGAUUCAUUGACUGCUCACUCCACAAUUUCCAGCAGUCCUCUCCUCCUUGGCGACACAUCAGCCAAUAGCAUGACAGCUGGCUGGGAUGCUUGAACACCAUUGGCUGGCUGGUUGAUUUUGCACAAAGACACACAAGCUCUUUUUGUUUCCACUUUAUUUAUUUCAUCAUGCCUUCCAGAGACAUUAAGGGACCAAACUGUCCCUGAUGGACACUUCAAUGAGUGUUUGAUGGAUGAGGAGACUGCCGAAGGACUGGGCAGAGAAACACAGACAUAUGAUAGUUAGAUUUGGUUUUGCUUGACAAUGUACAAGACAGAUCUUUAUUUUUAAGUUUUCUUUUUAUAUUGUAAUAUAAAAAUAGAUACAUGCGCAGUGUUUAUUAAAAGAAUCGUCCGCGUUUCUACUGUAUAUUAUCAGGAAAGAAAUAAUAUUUUAAGUUGAUGUAUUUUAAUAGCAUCACCAAAUCACUUUUAAAUGUCAUUCAUGUGUCAAGUAUAUUUUAGAGCCAAAAAUUAAGAGCAUUGAUUACAUACGUUUGGUUGGAAGUUGUUCAAAUCUGCAGUUUUCACAUGUUUUUAAGUUGUACUGGAUUUAAAACCCUGUUUAAGCCAUAGAAGGAGAACGUUGAACAUUGAAGACACACACUGGUCAUUAAGUAUGUGAAUGAAUGAAUUUUAAUGAAUCAGCUGUAAAAAAAAUCUAUUUCAAAGUGUGUGUAAGACAAGUGGUGCUUUUGUGUUAUUGUUAACAUCUUAUUUUCACUAAGUGCUUCCAGAAUAUUCCUGGUGGCUCAAAAAGACACAUAUUCCAUGUAUCUUAAAAAGAGUGUAUGAUUCAUGGGCAUUAUGUCAUGUAUAAUAAUUAGAAAUAGCUCUCAUUUUUCGGGACACACUUGUAUUUUUCCACUCAGCAGGCUGGCUCCUGUUCUCUGACUGUCUAUUUCACUACCUUCUUUGAAGAUGUCUUGGUGCUGGUGGUGGGCUGAUUCAAUAAAACUGACCGAUCAUAAUAUAAUGCAUCUAAUUACGUCCAGGAAAGCUUCAGAUUCAUAUUGAUAUAUCAGCAACCUUUUUUAUGCUUUCUUAGUUAACUGUCAUCUUGAAUAAUGUACUUCCAACAGCCUCUGGCUGUUUCUAAACUCUCAUAGAUGUGUUUGAAACCUCCAUUCAGUGUAGAAGGGUUGAGUUGUUGUUAAAAAUGGGCCGCUCGUGCAUUUGGCUACCAAAACAUGGCACAUUCUAGCUUGCCAUUUCAGAAUGUGCCAUUUUAUUUGUUCAGUGAGUCAAUAAGAGAUGUUUAUUCAUAAUUUUGCCGGUGCUAAAAUGUCAAGUCCGUGCCAUCUCUGCCAUUAGUUUAUUUUAACUGAUACAUUUAGUUCUCUUGACAUUAUUGAGACAGGAUAAAGAGCGGGAAGGCCUUUUGUUUUUACACAUCAGUAUGGGAAUCAUAACAUGACACAAAUAUGUAGUAGCUACAGUAGAUAUCUUGCUAUAUUAUUUCGGUAAUGUAGGCUACACUUUCACUAUGGAAAUAUUAAAAAUAUAUUACACUAUAAACGCUCAACGCAGUCUGUUUCAUAAGUGAGUGGCAAUAUUUUGUUUGAUAGUUCCUUCGUGCUGUAAUGUUUGGAGACCCUGCCAUCUGCUGGAGCACAGUGGUAUUGCAGUUUGUCUGUGAGGUUCAUAGAAAUGGUGGGCAAUGGUGAGUCAAAACAUUACUUUUAAAUCGGUGUCCUUGGAAUGAGGAAUGUUAUCUGUCCUCUAGAGACAUUUAAAGUAAAAAGUUCCUCAAGUAAAGUAACGUUACAGAUAGUCAAAAAGUGUAGCCUACAGUGGGCCUAUGUAGGCCUACUUUGUUACUGUCCACCGGUACACAGAGUAGCCUAUCACUGUGUAAGUUCAUGAACCAGCAUAUGUUAUUUGUUUGUAUGUUAAAUGCAUUAUCACCCUAUCUUAAUGAUGAUCUAACUUCACUACAUUUGAAAGACAAAUAUCAUACUUUUUACUCCACAACAUUUUUGUCAAGGUCCUUGAGUAGAAAGUAGUAACGUCAGUCAGGGGAUGAUUUUGGUUGCAGGGGUUGCAUUUUGGUUGGAAAUAAGUAGGAAUUCAGAGGCAUAAGGUACUGUAAGUAUUACAUACAACAAUGCAAUAAUAAUAAAGCAAUGCAUUGACAUUUACUUUUAAAAAACAAGUGCUGCUUUUUUGUGUGUGUAUGUGUAUUAAGUAGCCUACAGAAAAACAGUGUAUUUAAGUGUGUUGUGUCUUAUAGGUGAUGCAUUUCCUAACACACACAUAAUGUAACCAAAUAUAUCCUCACAAACAA